GCGCGACCGGAGCGGCGCGAGCUCGAUUUCUGAGGACGAAGUGAGUUUUCCUCAGGUGCUCUUUGUCAGUCUUUACGUUUCAAGGCUGUGAAAGUCGCAAUGGAUGCUGAGGAGAGACCCCUUGAAGAACCUUCAGAUGUCCCAGAGUCUUCUACCCAGAAUGCAUUCUGUGUUGUCUCACCGGGGGCUGAAACUCACGAUGAAGGGCAGGAUGUCAGCGAGGUCAACGAGGUCAUUGAGGUCAGCGAGGUCAGCGAUGUCAGCGACGAGGACAAACCUUUUCCAACAACGGCAGAUGAGUUGACCGAAUUCUCCCAGGACUGGGAAGGCAUCGCUGCGGGUAGGAGGAGCCAUGCGGACAGAGUGUGGAUGUUCAAGCUGAGAAGGAACCUGGACCAGCUGGACUCCUUCUACAAGCAGAAGGAGCAGGAGGUCCUGAAAGCCAGGGAGGAGCUGAAGGCAUGCCAGCAGCACGUCACUGAGCUGAGGGAGCAGAGGGACAAGGUGGACGCAAAAAUGGAGAGGCAGAAGGAGGAAGAUAACACUGCGGCAUUGUUUCGUCUGCGGGCUCAGCUGAACCGGCUGAGCGCAGAACUCAAUGCAGAAGAGGAGCUGGAGGCCCAGCUUUCCCUAGCCUUACGUGAGCACGAGGUGGAGCUCUGUCGGGUGGAGGUGGAGCUGGGCAGGUUGUCUCUCCUGCGACAGGAGUUGCAGCGUGAGGAAAAGCUUUUUGAGGCAGAGAAGGUACAAAAAGCAACAGAGAGGCUGCACAGGGAGGAGGAGGCUACCCGGAAGACCCAGCUGAGGAUCCAGCAGGAGAGACGGAAGCUGAAGGCUCUGGCACAGGAGGAGAAGGAAAAGCGCCGCAAAAUGGCAGAGGAGAUCCGGGCCAGCCGACAGAAAGCAUCUGUGUACCUGAAGGAGACUGUCAAAAGAAUCCAACAUGAGGCAGCUGCAAAGGAGCUGGAGGAGAGAGAACUUCAGACAAGAAGGAUGCAGGCAGCUCUGUCUCUGAAGAACAACAUUGCAACCAUACAGGAGAACUUGCGUAUCCAUCAGGCAAGAAAAAAGGACCGUGUCUUAAAGAAGAAGGAGGAGGAGAGGCGUCUGUUGGAACGACUUGAGGCUGAAGGAUAUGAUGUUGGAAAGUACAUGAACCAGCUGAAAAAACUCAAGGACCGCGAGAAGAAGAAGAAAAAACUGGAGGAGAAGUGGAAGUCCAAGCAUGCAGAAAUGGCCACCAAAUUGUCACCAGAAGAAUCUUUGGUUGAAAGGCCAAAGAAGCAGAAAGCUCUGCUUUCUCCUCCAAGGCCACCAAGCUUGGCCAUGGCUUUAUCUCCAAGAAUAUCACAAGAAAGUUUAGUGCAGGACCUUGAGUCAGUGGUGGCAGAGACUGAAGAGGAGCCAGUAAGAUCUGAGCAGCUGCCGUGCUCCUCCUCAUCAGACGAGGAUAGCCCUGCCAGCGGAGACAGCUCCCCGUUGGGCUGGGGGAGCAGCGAGGAGGUGGAGGACGAAGGAGACAAGGAGUUGGAGGAUGGAGGGUUCGAGGAGAGCCUAGCACUACCUGAGUUCAGUGGCCUCUGGGAGCAGGCAAACUGGGAGUACACGGUUCCCCAGGAUGACGAACUUUCAAGCCAGACAGAAGAGGAACCAUCAGCCAUGACCCCUGAAAUGAUGUGGAAAAAAUACUCCAGCGGGAAAGAAUUCAAAGGACGUCCCUUUGUCAGCAAACCGGAAUCCAUCACUUUCAAGGACUUUGAGGUGGGGAAAACCUACAAGAAGAGGAUUACCCUCACCAAUGUGACGUACUUCACUAAUUACUGCAAAUUUCUGGGCAUCAGCCAGCAUCUGAAGGACUUCAUUUCUGUGCAGUUUGAGCCGCCAGGACCCAUGUCUCCGGGGAUGGCGUGUGACUUCCUGACCACCUUCAAGCCCAUGAUAAAUAAAGAACUGGAGGGAGAUGUGCGCUUCUUAUCUGUAGUCGGACCGUUCACCGUUCCUGUUAAAUGUACGGUCAAGAAAUGCGAUCUGGCUGUGGAUUGCAGCCUCAUUGACUUUGGUGCCCAUGUGGUGGGCCAGACAAUUUCACGGACAAUCACCCUGACCAACCGGGGGGCCCUGGGCACUCACUUUGUCCUGGUCCCCUCCAUCUCUUUGGGACGGCCUCCCAGCCCUGGGCCUCUGCCCAGCCAGGAGGGACAGGCGACUGAGGUCCUCCUCAACCCAGAGGCUCCCUCAGAUCAAGAAGACGGCCUGAGGCAACCAGAGCCAGCAGAACCUGGAGGAGAUUCUGAGAAUGUGGACACAUCUACUGAGACAGAACAGGGUCAGAGGGAGCUUGAACAGCCAAGUAAGGAUCUUGGCUCUGCUGUGGUGUCCUCAGAACCACCAGACCCCACCCAGGAGGAACCCCAGCAGGGCAGUGAUAUAAAAAUUGGGGAGGUGAAAGAAGGAGAAAUCGGUCCUUUAGAAUGUGUCAAGCUGGAGGUUGUCUUCACACCAUCUGUUCCAGGAGAGGCAAAGAUGGACUUCUACAUACGAUUUUCUGACCCUGCUUCUCAGCAAAUCCUGAUCACGGUCCGAGGCCUGGCUCUCAGCGUUCCUGUAUGGAUCACCCAGCCCAAUAUCGACCUGAAGAUCUGCAUGUAUGACCGCCUUUACCAAGACACCAUUACUGUUCAGAGCAAGGCCAGCACCACUCUGCGCCUCACUUUCCAGGUGUGCAAGGAGCUGAGAAGUCACAUGGAGAUCCUGCCGAGGACAGGCUACGUGCAGGCGCAGUCCACCUUCCAUGCACAGCUCAAAUUCCUGCCCAGGUCUUCCUUGCCCAAGGAUGCAUCUCAGUUCUUCGACAGCGAGACCGGAGUCCUGGAAGUCCCUUUGACCAUACAGGUGGCAGAUCAGGUCCACCUCAUUGCGUUCACGGUCUACGCCAUCCUCACAAGCUCUGACCUGGAGUUCGACGUGACCGACGUGGACUUCGGCCACUGCUCCGUCUUUGAGUCGGUGAAGACGGUCGUUCGCCUCACAAACCUCUCCCUCCUCCCCCAGGACUUUGGAUUCGUGGGAACCCCGAAGUACGUUGAUAUUCAGCCCAACCAUGGCUUUGGAACAUUACUCCCCUUGGAAACUCUGGCAAUGGACAUCACCUUCGGUCCCAGGAAGUCUGGGAAGUUCACCUUUCAGCUUGUCUGCAAGUCCGGAAUUAACAGGGAGUUCAGGCUGUCAUGCCAGGCCGUGGGGGUCCACCCUCCCCUGGAGCUGUCGCGCUCCCAGGUGGAGUUUGCAGCGACCGCGCUGGGAGACUGCGCCGCAGCCGUGCUGCACGUCGUCAACCCGCACACGGGAAGCAGUGAGCUCACACGGCCCAUGCCCCGCAUCGGCAACGGCCCCAUCGCCCCCGUCGGGCCCAGGCUGUUCGAGUUCAUCCUCCCGGAGAAUGCCGAAAUCAGCAUCGCUCCGGCUGUGGGUCGGGUCCUACCGGGACAGAGGUGCCUUGUCCAGGUGUCCUUCCGGCCCCAACUGCGCGAGCAGCAGGUGCGAGAGGAGGCCGUCCGUCUGGUGUGCGAGGCCCACGGGCAGCGGGAGAAGGAGGCCGAGCAGGCCGAGCUGGAGGCCCUCGCCAGCCUGCAGGCCGAGCCGGAGGUGCCCAAGAAGGAGCCGCAGCCGGACCCAAAGGCAAGGGGCAAGAAAGCGGCACCCGCGCGCCCCCCGUCCAAGCCCAUCCCGAAGGAGGAGCCCGUUAAGGCACCCCCACCCCCCAAACCUCGCAGCCCCUUCUUGCCCCCCAGCCCAGAGGACAUCCAGGAAGGCUCGCAGGAGUACAUGGCGGGAAAGACCUCCCUGCUGCGUUCCUUCCCCGGCCGCGUCCACCGCUACGUCGUGCCGUGUUUCGUCUCCGACGGCGACGCCCCGGACCGCGGCCAAGGGGAGGGGCUUCCAUACAGCCUUCAUAACACCCUGUACCUGGAGGUGCGCUGCCCUGCCGUUCGGCCGUACUUGGCUGUCGUCUCCAGCGGUGGCUCCACUACCGUCAACUUCCAGGAGGUGGCGAUAGGCCAGACGGCGAAGCAGAGAGUUGCGGUGAAGAACUUCUCCGAACGGACUUUGGAACUCAGAUCUUCCCUUCUGGAUGUCAGCAGUCCCUUCACGGUGCUAAACGCCCUGAGGCCUUUGGCACCUGGUGCGAUGCACUCCAUUCUGCUGGGCUUCACCCCCGACGAGACCAAAGAGUACUAUGACACGGUGGACAUCAAGAGCAGGGAGAUGAGCCUGCAGCUUCUGCUGCUUGGAGUUGGUGUUCAGCCCACGGUGACCUGCGUGUACGACGGGGACCUUAUGGAUUUUGGAUAUGUGUUGGAAAAGGAGGGCGUCUCACAGGUGUUCACGUUGCAGAACACGUCCACGUUGCAGGUGAGGUUCUGUGUCCACCUGGAUAGCCUCAGCAACCACCAGCAACAAGGACUCCCAGAAUUCCUCACACCAGGCCUUGCUCCCACCGUGGGUACACAGAACUACAGUAGCACGUGUGUGUUCAGCGCAUCACCUGCAGAGGGCACCAUCCCCCCGGGGAAAACCCAAGAGGUCACGGUCACCUUCCAGCCCGACCACGAGAGCCUGUACUUCUCCGACAAGCUGAGUGUGGAGAUCAUGAAUCAGCAAACGGUGUGCACGUUGAAGCUGAAGGGCGCCGCCGCCAGGCGCCCCACGUUCCUGAGAGGUGGGGACCCCCUGGGUGUGACCAUCGAGUCCCUGGCCACUCUGCCCCCUGGGGAGGACACGAAACAAGCAGCAGAUGCGGACAAGGCCCCGCGAACCGUUCUGCUCACGUUCAGCGCGCUCCACACCGAUGACUCGGUGCUCCCAGCGGUCCGCCAGCUGGAGGUGGGCUUCCUCCGCUGGGCCCAGGCCAAGAAGCAAGUCAUGGAGCUAUGCUGGGACAACCUGGCAGCGCUACAGCAGAAGGGCUUCAGCGUGGAGCCGCCUUGCGACACCCUGGACAUGGGCACCCAGAAGACCAUCACCGUGACAUGGGCGCCCCCUGUUGGCUACGGGCUGGACGAGGUGGUGCACGCCACAGCACAGCUCAGCCUGAAGGGAGAUGACGUGGAGGUGUACAACGUGACCCUGCUGGCCGCCAUUAUGGAACCCGCCGGGCUGGAAGCCACACCGUCGGCCUGUUGACGAGAGCGGCUGAGCUGCACGCUGCACCCUGGAGGUCGGGACUGAAUCUACUGUACACGUGACGCUGUUUGCUACUUCCUUUUUCGCAAAACGGAUGUUUUUCUCCAAAGUGACUUACAGUGUUGACCACUCAGCUGGGUAAUUUACCCUUUUUCGAGGGUAUUAUAGCAGGGUUUGAACCAAAGACCUUCUAGCGCAAGCCACCUAAUUUGUUCAUUCAGCAGCUCUAACCACUACGCCCCCUGCUGGCCCAACAGGUCAAAGUGUCAAAAGCAGCACUGGCACCUACAGUCAGAAGGGACAGGGAUCCCAAUGAGCCGCCGUGAAGAGCUCCUUAUUCACUUUUAAUCGGAAGCAUUCAAAGAGCUCAUUUGCAAUCGGGUGGGCAGCUACUGGAGGGAUGUGAACCAGCAACAUGGUGGUGCGACAGAGACGAGCUGCGUGGUCCAUAAUCCCGCGUCUGUGUCCAAAGCCCUUUGUCGUUGAUGACCUUCCGUUUCUCCGAGUUGUGCGUCACGUUGGAGAAAAGCGGCUGAUUAACGAACGUAACUGUAACGCGACAUAAACGAGAUGUAAAAUGCAGUCAGUCGGCUCUAACCUUUCGAUCCGGAAUGUUCUCAGAAUGCAGUAUAUAAACAGCACACUUUUCCUUCACUUUUUUCUAUUCACUCCUUGCACUGCAAUUUUUUUUAUGGCUAUUUUCAAUCUGCAAAUGAAUGUGAAGCAAAACUGA